AUGUUAAGGGUGGAUCGACAUAGGGGGCCAAGGCCAAUCACUCGAACAGGUUGCCUUGCUCGGUUGCGUGUGGCAUAUGAUGUAGUGACUAGAAGUUGGAGAGUUGUUGCAUUUGAAUCCACUCAUAAUCAUAAGUUAACUCCACAGCGGUUUGUUCAUUUUAUUCCUAAGUAUCGUCGACUGAGUGAAGCUGAUAAAGCGCUUGUUGAUGGCUUGCAUACAUGUGGUGUUAGAACAUGUCAUAUUUUGGGUUUUAUGUUGGGUCAGAAAGGUGGUCAUGAAGAUUUGGGAUUUAUUAAGAAGGACCUAUAUAAUUAUUUUAGUAAUGGAGCCAAGGCUAAAAGAGAAAAUGGGGAUGCUUUUACUUCUUUGUCUUGUUUACAGGCUAAAGCUGACAAUGAUCCGAUGUUUUUUUCGAAGUUUACCACAACAAAGGAUGGUUGUCUACAACAUUUUUUUUGGUCAGAUGGAAAUAGCCGAUUUGACUUUGAAUGUUUUGGUGAUGUGGUUGCAUUUGACACGACCUACAAAAAGAACAGGUAUAACAAACCGUUUGUUAUUUUUUGUGGGUACAAUCAUCAUGGUGAAACUACAAUUUUUGGGUGUGCUUUAAUUUCAGACGAAAAGACAGAGACAUAUAAGUGGGUUUUAAAUGCCUUUUCUGAAGCAAUGUUCCAAAAAUGUCCAAAUGUAUUUGUUACUGACGGAGAUGGUGCGAUGCAGGAAGCUAUUAGAGUUGAAUUUCCAAAUGCGUCACAUCGCCUAUGUUUAUGGCAUUUACAUCAAAAUGCUAUUGAGAAUGUCAAGAAUGAAAAGUUCCUAAAAGAGUUUAAGUCAUUGAUAUAUGCUAACUAUACCCCCAAGACAUUUGAAGAUGAGUGGAAGAGGAUUAUUGAUGAUAAUGGUCUAUCAGAGAACAAAUGA